AAUAAAUAAAUGCUUUGCUGCAAUAAAAGAAAGAAGAAGAUUGAUGGAAUUUUAGAAUAAAGAAAGACUAAAUUAGAAAUUGUAAAAUCUAAUCUAAUUUUAGCAAUAAACUUAAGACAUUAAUGAUGAAGCGAUGACAUUAUAUUAAACUUAAAAUUUCUUUAAUAACUCCAAUCUUUUUCAUAAUACUAAUGAUCUAUAAAGUUUAAGGUAAUAAAAAAACUUAUUUUAGAUUAAGAACUGGCUCCAAUAUAAAGGAAAGUCGAUCUGUUGAAAAACUUAUAUAGAAUCUUCCAAGUAUUAGUCCUCGAUAAAGUUCAUUUAAAAGCUUCAAAUAUUGUCAUACAAGUCCUGAUACUAAAUUUAUUUCUCAGAAGUAAGGUUUCACCUUAUUAAUAACAAAAUCACCUUAGAAGUGAAUUACUUUAAGUUAAAA